AUGGGUAAGUGUCGAAGUGCGGACUCGUCUCCCAUCGAACAGCAGUCACAGCCUUGCACUCAAAAGGAAAUCUCCUCGUCAACCACCUCACUCACUAACACCACUCAAGCAAUGAACUAUUUUCGGCACAUCCCUUUAGCGAAUUCACAUCUAGCUGCUGUGAAUAAUGCGCUUUUUCAAGAUAUUCAAGGACGUCAAAAAGAGUUCAUGAAAAUGUUCAACUCGGGUGAUCCGAAAGGAGCUGCUUCGAUCUAUGACCCGGAUGGUUAUUUUAUGCCUAAUGGCCACACACCGGUUAAAGGAAGAGCUGGAAUUGAAAGCUACUUUAAACAGGAUAUGUCCGAAGGAGUGCAGACUGCACAGAUCAUUACCGAGGAAGUGAAUGGGAGUGGAGAUUGGGCUUUCGAGAGAGGAAGCUAUCAUCUUGAUGGAACGAAGGGCAAAGAGAGUGGAGCAUAUCUUCUUGUUUGGAAGAAGGUUGAUGGCGUUUGGUUGAUCCACAACGAUUGCUUUAACGUCAUUAAAGCUGCUGAUAAA